AUGUGUGUCUCAAGACUCAGGGAAUUGAAGGCUAACUUGAGAAAUCAACAUUGUUUUACAAAAAUUGAGAAAGGUAAUGUAACUUCCGUUACUGGAAGCUAUGAACUCAGACGAAUGAUCGCUUUGAGUGGGAAAUCUUACAGUGAAGGAGACUUCGUAAAACAAUGCCUUGGAAAAACGGCUCAAAUUGUGUGCGCAGAGAAAGCACACUUAUUGAAAGAUAUUUCAUUAACCAGGAUCACUGGUGCUGAAUGGAUUGAUAUAAUGUCUGGUGAUUUGAAUCAACAGUUGAGGGCCGCAUCAUCAAAAUUUGAACAUUUUUCUGUUGCUAUUGAUGAGCCCGUUGACAUCAAAGGAAUUACACAGCUUGCGGUCUUCAUGAGGGCCUGUGACAGUGAAUUAAAUAUUUAUGAAGAACUGCUUGAACUGUUCCCCAUGCAUGACCUUACAACCAGCCUGGACAUCUUUGAGAAAGUCGAGCAGGUUCUGCAUGGCUAUGGUUUGGAUUUGAGUAAACUUGCAUGCUUAUGUACCAACGAUGCUGCGAAUAUCGUUGGCAGACCUAAUGGUGUUGCUGCCAAGUUACUAAUGCAAAUAGAAACAUCGCAUCCAGAUUCAUCAUUUGCACCUUUUCACAGCAUUUUUUGCCAUCAGCAAAAUUUGUGUUCAAAGAUGUUAAAAUUGGAUCACGUGCUUACUUUGGUCACAAAGGACAGUGAAGUAUAUCAGAGGCCGAGCUCUCAACCACCGUCAAUUCAGCCAGUUGUUGGAAGAUGA